UUGCGUGCUCUUUCUCGCUUGCGCAGUAAUCGAAACCAAAUAUCUAAUGUAACAUUAUCAUCGGAUGAUUCAGAGCCUGGCACACCAAUACCACCACCAUCGACAUCAUCUAAACGUUCUGACCAUUCUGAAGUUGAAUCGCUUGCAAGUACUUCUGGCUCGAAAAAGAGACCACGCUUAAGCAAAGAUGUUGCUACGGUUUUCGAAGAGUAUCUUGAAGAAAAAAGAAAUACUACACCCCGUGACAAGGCAUUACGUAAUUUUUUUUUGUCUAUGUCAGAUACAGUGGAAACAUUCCCAAAAGAAGUCCAAGCACGAAUUAAAAGGCGCGUGUUUAACAUUGUUAAUGAAGCUGAAUUAAGUCUGUAUGAAAAUAGUACAGAUUUGAAUUAUUCUUUGUCUAUAAAUUCACCGCCAUCGACUAAUCAAUCUACUUACCUAGUGUCAAACGAAACCUAUAUUCCUCAAAACUAUCCAGAUCAGACUACUUACGGGUACAAUACCAGCACACAAAAUACAAAAUAAUAAACAAUCAAAAACAAUAAUAAUUAUAAUAAUAAUAAUUAAACACACACAAAUCUGUACUAUUUAAUUACAUUUCAUUAACGUAAAUAAUGCUUAAUAAAUGGACGGCUGUGAUUUUGUGAUCUAUUUAGAUGUUUGUGUUAUUUAACAUGAUUAGUAUAAAUAAUUGUUUUUUAUUUACCUUAAAGUUACCGUUAACCUUUCUUCGGCUGUAAUGGUGCAACGAUAAUUUGUAGUCUUUUUUGUUAUAUGUACUCUUAACAAAUCUGUCAAUUUCAAAAAUUGCCAAUAUUCCAUACGAUAAUACUCAUAAAAUUUUAGGCUAUCUCUCUUCAAUUCCUCGAAAAUGGUGUGAAACUCCCCAUGGAUUAGUCUGUUUUUCCAAAUAUGUUUUACCCAUAUUUGUUUCCGCUUGCGCUUACGUUUCCUAUGUUCUAUUUCAAGUAAUCUUGCUAACAAAUAUAUUUCUUCGUCGGAGCUAUCUAAAUCCAUGUUUCGAAAAGCACACGUUAACACACCGAAAACAAAACUUAGACUGCGCGGAAUACUGGCACUGCCUUUGUAGUGUAUCCACCCGACUCCGAGCGCAUCCGACCGGCUCCGAGCACAUCCAACCGCACCCGCUUUCAGAUCUCUUCCAGCCGGUCGAUGUGAAAUAGUUGGCGGCUCCGCUCCGGCCAAUUCCAAGCGUAUACGACCCGGCCUGUGUGAAAAGAAAAAAGCAGGCCGAUGCUCUCCGAGCCGGUCUGUGUGAACGGACCCUUAGUGCGCAGAAUAACAUUUGAUAAAUAUUUUUUUACCAAAACAAUGUUACUAUAAGAUCCGAGUUGUUUAAUUAUUAUCAAUCUUUAAUUUUUAAAUUUAAAUUAUUCACAUUUAAAAUUAAUUGAAAAGGUAAUUGAUGACCUAAUGGUCGAAAACAAUACCAGUAAUAUUAGCAAUUAAUUUAAAUCGGACAUUAUUAAUUAGGUAUAAGUAUUGACAUACAUUUUUGCACUUAAUGUUAAAGUAUAUUUAUCUAGGGAGUUGACAUUUUCUUUUAACUAAGCAAAUGUGUGUGUUAUGAUUGCAAGCAAGCGUUUGCGCAAUACUGCUCUUAAUCGGAAUAAGAAGAUUUAAGAAACACCAUUCUGAUUGUAAGCGUGUUGUUUAGUUGGAAUUUGUAUACUCUAUAAUUUGGUCAAAUAUAGACCAUUUGUGAUGUUUAUUUAUUUUUUGUAUUAAGUUAAUUUUAAGUUUUGUAAAACUUUACCAAUGUCAAGCGAACGUAAAUUUAUAAUUCCUUUCGAAAAAUCUGUUCCUACUGGUUUUUUUUUUCAAUUUUAUUACUAUUACUUUAUUAAAUUUAUUUAUUAAUUUCAUUACUAUUACUUUAUUAAAUUUAUUUAUUAAUUUCAUAAAAAAUAAAAAUAUAGAUAAUAAAUUAGAAUCAUAGAUUUGUUUAUUGUUGUGCUGAACGCUCAUAAGAUUAAGAAAACAGUUGUUGAAAUGCAUUUAGACGCUCAUAUUGUAUUAAUUAACAAACUGGUUUUUGGAACAGUUAUCGGAAUGAUCAAACACGUCUAAAUGCAUAAACACUUGUCUUAGUUUUCUUAACAUCAUUGAAUGGAACAAUUGACAUUGUAUUAGUCUUCCUUUUUCAAUCUUCUUAUUAACCCUUUACUUCAUUCCAAUUUUACAAUCGUCCCCAACCAUUAAGUCGGAGCGCUAUUAAAUAUGAAAUUUCUUUUGAGCAAUUUACUAAUUAUAUUAUUAAUUCUAACUGGGUUUUCUGACGACGGCCAUAUUUAUUAUUAUUGUUAUAUUUUGUCGGAGCCUCGCAGUCUGGGUGCGGUGCAACUCCAUAUGCAAUAACAACACCGUACAAAUAAUAUGAUGUGAAAUAACUGAUUAUUUAUUAAGUUUUAUAAAUUCUAUAGCUUGGACCAUAGUGUUGAUAUCAUAUUAGGAUGUUUUUGGCGGUUGCGUUCUCGUGCUCUUGGUACUCUAUGAAGGAGCAUCAUGUUGCAAAAUUUAUAUGCAAGAUUUAUAUGUGUCGUGUUACGUAUCACCAGUCUGUACGCACCUUUAUAUUCUUUUGAUUUCGCUAAUAUAAUCUUUAUUUUUUGAGUUGGUGAUCGAAUAAAAGUGUAUGUUUAGGUACUAAAUUAUAGUGUCAAAACAAAUGCACAAACAUUGUCACCUCGACGUCAAGCUGACCGGCCAUUUUAAGACUUAAUUUUUUUGUUAAUGAUUUAGAUACCAAAUAUUUAAACAAAGGUACUGAAUGCAGGUAGUACUUUAAAGCUGAACUGUCACUUUGUACAGUCAUUCCGAUGCACGCGCCGUAGGACCCAGACACCGACUGGUCUGGGCGAAGGUGACAAAUAGAAACCCUCAAUUCCCUAUCAGCUUCCUAAAACAAAAGUAAGGGCGCUUUCAAUUUAGACGAUUGGUGCCGAACUGCUGCAGUCCGGGUAUCGUACUGCGCACGGGCGGUUAUGAUUUUUCAUACAAAAUGUCUCGACGCAAAGUCGUGCGACAGCAGUGCGGCGCACGUCCGUUGGCGGAACGGCAACAACCUGUCUCGGUCGUUGUUCGCUAGUGCUGUGAACGCAUCGUGUUUCUUAGACGUUUUCGUGCAUACCUACCUAAUUAUGGAUGAUUUAAAUACAGAAGAUUUUAUAAAUGAAAUCGAGUUGCAGCCCGCCGUUUGGGAUUCUAAAUGUGACAACUAUUCAAAUCGCUUGGAAAAAAAAGGCUUGGGAUGUUUUAUGUGAAAAAUUUAUUA